AUGGCAUCUGGAACACAGCACAGCGAACAGGGUCGGGCCGGCAACAAAGGGCUCGGAGGCGGUCUCGGAAAUGGUUCGAAUACCUGGACUUCGAACAUUUGGGGUAACAAUAGUUUUGGAGGCAGCACGAAAGUUGGCGCGCAAGAUACUAAUCGACCACAAGCUGACCCUUUUGAAACCUCAAGUCGAGGCACAAUCACUGGCUCAAGAUCUUUACUUCCGUCCUCUGAAUUAGACAAUCCCAUCAGCCGCCAUGCGCCCUGGAAAUCGAUGGAUGGAACGUCUCCGGACUUCGCUUCGGUACAAACCUCCCACUCACGGGCUUCGCCGGAGAGGCGACAGAAAAGCACUCAUCAUGCUCACCCUGUAUUUGCCGAAAAUGGUGGUCCUGAUCCAUACUUUCCCAACAGUCUCUCCACCACCACUCUCUCCCAUAGAUCGUCUCAGAAGUUUCUCGAUCCAACGAGCCAAGAUUUCGUUAUGUCAGAUAUGGUGCGCUCUAACAGCCAUGCGCAGUGGUCUCGGCAAGACAGUGACGACGAAUUACAUUUUACGGGCAACAAAAAUUCUUACGGUAUGGCAGAGCCCAGCUAUGCCAUACCUGAUCGUACCCCUAGGAGCUCAAAUCUCUCUGGGUAUAAUAGCAGUGUCGGCUCCCGAAAUGGUAGCCUUCCUCCUUCUCGAGGCGACAUUGAACAAGUUACGUCACGUCGCCACGAUGCUCAGAGUCUGCAAUUCACGAGAUAUGGCGCAAAUGUGAAUGCUCAACGCCUCAAUGCUCUGGCAAAUCACCCUUCGCCCCUGAACGGCGGAUCUCUGGGACAUGGCCUGACGGAACAACAGAAUAUUAGUCGCCUUGAGAAGUUGACAAGUCAAUUUGAUCAGAUGAGCGUAGCUAACCAAAGGAGACCGUCAUAUGCGUCUUCGCAACAUUCUCCGAAUUCGACUUCAGAUCAUUUCCCUAGUCUUCGAGCCACCAUGCCAAGCUACGACAUGGUGAACAGCGACCAACUUUCACCAACAGGGAGCACGUCUGCUUUCUCUCAACAGAACACCUACCGUGCUAAUCUCAAUGGCCAACUUUCCCAUUCGCCAGGAGAGAGCGAUCCUCAUCUUAGCCAUCACAGCCCGUUUUAUCCCUCCACCGGAACACCACCUACAUUCAGUCAGCAAAGUAGUUUGGGCCGCAAUAGCCACUCUGGACAUUCGGCCGCUCAACCUGCCAUUCUCAAUCAAAGGUUACGCAAUUUACAACAGCAGCAAAGCUUUCCCAAUCCCAUGCGAAAUCCGUCUGCAUAUCCCUACGAUGUCAAUGCUCAGCAGUCAUUCCAUAUGAAUCAGCUAAACACGUAUUAUCCGGUGCAGCCAGCACCGAAUGUCUUGACGAGUUCUAAUGUACCUCGUGGGCCCGCUAGAGAACGCGAUCCUUCGCAGCCGGAGCGCAGCCAGCUCUUAGAAGACUUCAGGAAUAAUAGUAAAACGAACAAAAGAUAUGAACUCAAGGAUAUCUACGACAAUAUCGUCGAGUUUAGCGGCGACCAGCAUGGCUCUCGUUUCAUCCAGCAGAAGCUGGAGACUGCCAAUAGCGACGAAAAGGACCAAGUCUUUCGAGAGAUCAUUCCCAAUGCUUUUCAACUCAUGACUGAUGUGUUUGGUAACUACGUGAUCCAAAAAUUCUUUGAGCAUGGUAAUCAAGCGCAGAAAAAGACGCUUGCAAGCAAAAUGAAAGGUCGCGUCUACCAUCUUUCAACAGGAAUGUAUGGCUGCCGCGUUGUACAGAAGGCUCUCGAGCACGUUCUCGUCGAUCAACAAGCAACACUCAUGAAAGAAUUGGAACAUGAAGUUAUGCCCUGUGUUAGGGACCAGAAUGGCAACCACGUCAUACAAAAAGCCAUCGAACGAGUGCCUGCUGAGCACAUUCAAUUUAUUCUCAACGCCUUUUCAGGCAAAGUGGGAGAGAAUGCAACACAUCCGUAUGGCUGUCGCGUCAUACAGCGUAUGCUGGAGCAUUGCGAUGAAUCUACCAAGGCUGUUGUUUUAAAAGAGUUGCAUUUAUGCGCUCUUACCUUGAUCAGCGACCAGUAUGGCAACUAUGUCACGCAACACGUGAUCGAGCAUGGCCGACCCGAGGACCGUGGAAGAGUCAUCGACAUUGUCAUCAACAACCUGGUCAACUUCUCCAAACACAAAUUCGCAAGUAAUGUGGUUGAGACUAGCAUUCAAUUUGGCUCCCCCGAAGAAAGAUCACGGAUCGUCCAAAAGCUCACCGCCACAAAUGAAAGAGGUGAAAGUCCUGUCCAGACCCUGAUCCGGGAUCAGUACGGGAAUUAUGUAGUUCAAAAGCUGCUCACCCAGCUCCAGAGCCAAGCAUGGAGCGAUUUUGCGGAGCCUGUAAAGCUACAAGUUGCCCUGCUUAAGAAGAUCAUGUAUCCCGGCAAGCAGAUCACUUCAGUUGAAAAGCUUCUCUACAUGAGACAAGCUCCGCACCAUCAAACUGCCGGCCUAUUCCCGUCAUCUCUAAAUACAUCAGCUGCCCCGACUCCUCCCCUUGUGUCUGAGGAAUCUCAAUCACCGCAGAGCAGUUCACAGCCAAGCACCCACCCAAAUUCGGUAGAUACUCGUCUUACCUCACGGAAAUCGAGUGGUGAAUCUCCUGGCGCUUUUACGCCUACAUCGACAUGA